AUGCUAAAUGCUAAGGUUGCGGAUGUUCACUUACACGGUUCUUGGGCUUGGCCGCUAGAGUGGAGGAAUCGGUUCCCUAUUUUGAAUCAGCUGGAUUCCAUUCACCUUCAACCGAAUAGUAUUGACAGGUUACGCUGGAAGGAUGGUGAUGUUAUGAAAGAGUUCUCGUCCUCUAUAGCUUGGCAUUCGUGUCGCUCUAGGGAACAAGAUAUAGACUGGGUGAAUAUUGUGUGGUUUGCCCAAUGCAUUCCCAGACAUGCGUUCUUAAUGUGGUUGAUCAUGCGUCGUAAACUUUUGACUCAAGACAUUAUUCUUCAUUGGGAUUUGUCCAGGAGGAAAAAUAUGAACAUGAUGUGCUGCCUUCUUUGCUACGAAAAUGUUGAUUCACACGAGCAUCUUUUCUUUGAAUGUAGUUUCUCGUCUAAAGUUUGGCUCAUGGUUCGUGAGAAGGCUGGUAUGGCUAACGUGGAUCAGAAGUGGAGUUCGAUCGUUAGUUGGCUCAAGGCUAGAGGGAGAUCGAAGACUGCGGCUCACUUUGUUAGCAAACUCGUGGUUGGAGCAACGGCUUAUGUGAUUUGGCAAGAGCGUAAUGCGAGGUUAUUCAGGAAUCAAACUAGACCACCGGACACGAUACGAGACACGAUUUUUAAAACUAUCCGAUACAAACUAAUGGGGGUUAAGUUUAGGCAAUGUUCGAAUGUUGCUAGAUUGCGAGGCGCUUGGGGGAUUGGUGAAGAUACCGUGAGCGACGAUGGAGGCUAG